AUGGACAUUAAAGAGGAAAAGUGUAGAGCUAAGGAGUCAGAAGAUCAGCUGAAUAGUGUUCCAGACAGCACUGCCAAUUCAGAAACACUUAAACAACAGGGGAAUAGCCUAGAAAACAGCAAUGAAAGCAAGAUAGAUAACGAUAGUUUUCUCAAUGCUGAGGAACGCACUGAAGAGAGUUUUCACUCCGAAAAUGAGUCUGUGAAGAAGAUCAAGUCAAAUGAAGAAUGUGAUAUUAACAAACAAGAUACCAUCAAUACCGAUCGUGCAACCUGUCAAUCAAGUGGCGAUAUUGAAAGAGGUAGAAAGGAUAGAAUAAAUAAUAAAAGUGAGGAAAGCAUAAAACCAUACAGCAGUAUUUUUGAUAGAGAAAAAACCAGUUGCUUUAGUAAAAACAUCUUCACCGAGCCUGGAACAAGCAAGGUAAAGAAAGAAUCAACUUUUCUAAAAAUGGACUUGAAUAAAAGGAUUGAGGAGAAGAAAGACAACGUAAAGGAAACAGGCAGUGACUUUAUUGCCAAGUGCAAAUUGGCCUAUUUCGAGGAUGAAGAAUGGACCGAUGUUGGGUGGGGUGAAAUUCAUUUGAAAGAUGGUUAUUUUUAUUUUAUCAGAGAUUUUUUAAAGACUGUCAUUUUAAAGUUUUGUGCAGACAAAGGGCAUUUUAAAAAAGAAGAAGCGUGCAUUGUUUUUAAGGCAAAGGGAAAAAAGAGUCUUGGAAAUUCAUUUGAAAUUGUAGAGAGAAAAUACAAGGCUGAAUUUGAAAAUAAAAAAUUAAUAGUUGAGUUUUUAAAUAAAUUACCUUAA